AUGAGAUAUUAUGAGAAUGGAGAUUUGCAUUCAUACCUUGAUGAAGCACAAGGAAUGCUUUGUUGGAGAGAUAUAGUUGAAAUGCUUUGGGGAAUAUCCGGAGGAAUUGAAUAUAUCCAUGAAAAUGAGUUAAUUCAUGGAAAUAUUCAUGGAGGUAAUCUACUGGUUGAAAAUGAAUUAGAUUCAAUUGAUAUUCGUAUUGCUGAUGUAUUAAAUUGCGUAAUUGACAUGAAAAAUUCAAAUGGUUUUUAUGGAGUUCUUCCUUAUGUAGAUCCUGAGAUUUUAAAAGGAGGAUUAGCAACAAAAGCUUCAGAUAUUUACAGCUUUGGAAUUACUAUGUGGACACUUUCUGCAGGUAUUCGUCCAUGGUGUAAUAAACCACAUGACAUUAAAUUAGCUACUGAAAUUUGCCUUGGUAUUCGUCCUGAAAUUAUUGAUGGAACUCCAAAUGUUUAUAUUCAGUUGAUGACACAAUGUUGGCAUUCUGAUCCUUUGAAACGUCCAACUGCAUCUCAAUUAUAUGAAUUGCUUGGAAGUUGGGUAACUGCUAUAUGUGAUGAACCUACACAAUCCGAAUUAUCUGAUCAAUUUGAUAUUGCAGAGGAGAAAAAAUUUUCAGAUUUAGAAAAAAACAAUUUUAACAAAAAUAUUCAUCCAAAUGCAUUUUAUACAAGCAGGCUCUUGUAUUUUCCCGAAUUAAUUGACUUUAAUAUAGAUAAAUAG